CACGUGGUUUUGUUUGACUUGAAUUAGGCCAGCUCCACCUCGAUGGAUGGACUGCAUAAGGCAUAAUAUGCUAACAUUGCUCUUGACUGAGUGAGGGGAAGCAGAGCUCUUGGGGGGUUUUAACCUCUCCUCUGGGAGAGCUUCUCAUCUUCACAUCUUUUGAAGUGCUCAGCUGUCCCAAACAGUCAGUCACAUGUGUGCACUCACUCACACACACAUGCAUACAUACAUAGGCAGGGCUGGGCUGGGUUGACCAUUACUCAUCCAAAUCUCCCACCUGUUGGAGCCUCAUUUGGAAAGUUGUAAAGGAACAACCAGGCUGGCAGAAUAAGAUGAACACAAACCCCAGGAAGCUGAAGACUGUUACGUUUAUAAGAUCCAUGUCAUUUUGAAGUGAUUCAAGAAGUGGAUUCAACAUUCACGUGACAUCUGCUGGUUGAAUCCCAAGAUCUGGAGGAACAAAGACAGGACUGACCGGACGGCAUGGCUCAUUAUGAUUCGUUGGACGACAAGGACUCUGUGGAUUUUCAUGACAACCCCCCCCUCCCUGAUAAUGUGGUGAAGGAGGAGGACAACAUGGUCUACUUCAUCUACGACGAGGAGGUAGAAGAGGAGGAGAGGGAGGAGCCUCCUCCCUCAGAGCCAGUGAAACCAGUCAAUGACAGACCUCACAAGUUCAAAGACCACUACUGCAAGAAACCCAAAUUCUGUGACGUCUGCGCUCGCAUGAUCGUCUUAAACAACAAGUUUGCAUUGCGAUGUAAAAACUGCAAAACCAGCAUCCACCACCAGUGUCAGUCCUAUGUGGAGUUCCAGAGGUGUUUUGGCAAAAUUCCUCCAGGCUUCCGAAGAGCAUACAGUUCUCCUCUGUACAGCAGUCAGCAGAACGCCACCGUCUCACAGCUGCUGCCCUUUUCACAGUCGAACCGCACUGACCCAGUGUUUGAGACUCUGAGGAUCGGUGUGAUCAUGGCCAACAAGGAGCGCAAGAAAGGCUCCGAGGACAAGAAGAACAUGAUGAUGAUGAUGGAGGAAGAUGAGUCACAGCCCAAACAAGAGGACGAGGGAGGUGAAGGAACGAACACAGAAGGAGACAAAAAGGGUGAGAAAGCGCCUGCUGAUGACAAGAGUAAAAAGCCUCAGCCGGGAAAGAUUGGCGUCUUCAGUCAGUCGUUCUACUACCUGGCCCUCUAUCGCUUUAAGGCCAUCGAGAAGGACGACCUGGAUGUGCAUGCCGGGGACCGCAUCACCGUGAUAGACGACUCCAAUGAGGAGUGGUGGAGGGGGAAGAUUGGUGAGAGGACAGGAUUCAUACCUGCCAACUACAUCAUCCGAGUGCGAGCAGGAGAGAGAGUCUACAAGGUGACGCGCUCCUUUGUGGGCAACAGAGAGAUGGGCCAGAUCACUCUGAAGAAGGACCAGAUCGUGGUGAAGAAGGGUGACGAGGUGAACGGCUACCUGAAGGUCAGUACGGGACGCAAGCUCGGCUUCUUCCCCGCCAACCUGCUGCAGGAGAUCUGAGGAGGACAGACCUCCUGCCAGCUCUCAUCUCAGCGCCAUCGCCCGCUGUAACGACACACGCAAUAUCAAUAUUAUCACAGGAAUAUAUCACUUACUGAGUGUGUAGAGUCAGAACAAACGAGGAUAAUCCUUCCAUGUCUCCACCACCAAAUGUUUUGGGCCGACGAACAAAGACCUGCAUGCGUUUGGACUCUGAACAGUAAGGCAUCGGUGCAAACCAACGUACGAACCACCACACUGCAACCAGCACUUCUGCCACUUUAAUCCAGUCUCUCUGUGCUCACGCUGACUUUCUGAUUGUAACGUUUAAAGAGGGUUAUGACUGUAAUGAACCAGGUUAAAAACCUGUCUGAAGUCGUUGUUUUUCCACCUCAUACAAAAGAAGAGAGUAACAUGAUUAAUACAUGUAAUGUGUGUGUUUGGGGACAUUUCCUGUGUAUGAAAAGAUUAAACAUUAUUACUCGUCUUCUUUUCA